ACAAGUAUCUUGCAGUUAUCCAUUCAGUGGAGCGAAAAUAAAAACAUCGAAGCCAGUGCCAGUGCUGAAAAGGCGGGGAAACACACAAAUUUUGUGUAUAGCCAGUGAAAAGGGCCUUUGAAAAAGCCACCAUGGAAUACCCCAACGGCGACCUCUACACGCUCGAGGCGAACCUGAUGAACAAGUCUCUCCGGGAACUGACAGAUGGUGCCGACAAGGAUCCCAUUACCAAGCUGCGUCUGCUCUGCUUCAGCCGUGGCGCAACAGGCAUCCUGGGAAUAGGCAGAGCCUUUCGGGCCAUGGACGACGAUGGCAGCAAGGCGCUCAACGAGGAGGAGUUCACUUCGGGCAUACGCGACACGGGCCUGGAUGUGACGGAUGAGGAGAUCAGGGAGAUGUUUAGCACGUUUGAUGAAGAUGGCAGCGGCUCCAUUAACAUGACUGAGUUUCUGAUCAAACUGCGCCCGCCCAUGCCACAGUGCCGCGUGGGCAUUAUCGACCAGGCCUUUGACAAGAUGGACCGCGACGAUGACGGCGUCAUCACCGUUGCCGACCUGAAGAACGUCUACUCGGUGAAGGAGCACCCAAAGUACCAGAGCGGCGAGAUGAGCGAGGAUGAGAUACUCACGGACUUCUUGCACAACUUUGAGGGCGGUCGUGGCAAUCUGGAUGGGAAGAUAACCCGUGAGGAGUUUAUCAACUAUUACGCCACCAUCAGUGCCUCAAUCGACAACGACCUGUACUUUGAUCUGAUGAUGCGUAGAGCCUAUGCCAUGUAACUGACGGAUUACAAUCCCAGCACAGAGCAUACACUCGAACCACUUAAAUCUCGAUAGCUCGUCUAGUAUUAGUUCCGUUCAUGCUUUAUUUAUGUUUAUACACUCACACUCCAGAUAAAUAAAAACUCCUGGUUACACUCACAA